GACGCUGCUAAUAGCUGAAUGGCUCUCGGCCAGCUAUGUGUGUAGGACCCCAGAACAGAUGACGUAGUGGGGCCACCUACCCGAUGGACUGCAGCGCAACUGGGAAAUAAAUAUUCACUUAACUCUCUCACGUCUCAAUCCGUGAUGCGCCCUAUUCACCCUUUCAAAUAUUAAAUGCAGAUAUUAAUCUUGCAAACCUGCCCUCCGGGGAAAAAUGCAUAUCGUAUUUAGCCAAGACAGUGUUACAGAAGUCAGCCCUAUCUGUAGUACGCCGAACUCUACACACUGCCACCUGCCGAAAGAAAGAUCGCGUAAACAGAAAGCAGGUCACGUGAGAGAUUUGGGCCGUCUAAGCGCCCGUAGCUUGGAGUUAACAUGGCAGCCCAGGAUAGUGAUAGCGAAGAGGAUUUUGUUACUUAUGGAAAGCCUUUAGAACAGUACCAAGAAGGAGAGCAGCCCAAGAAGCCUAUUGCUCUUCAGGAUCAGACAGUUAAAGAUGAAAAAGGAAGGUAUAAGCGUUUCCAUGGAGCAUUUACAGGAGGAUUCUCUGCUGGGUACUUUAACACUGUUGGUACUAAAGAAGGUUGGACACCAUCUACAUUUGUUUCUUCACGUCAGGGGAGAAGUGAAAGAGCAGUCAGCAGACCUGAAGAUUUUAUGGAUGAGGAGGAUCUCGGUGAAUUUGGAAUAGCACCGACGGAAAUUUUGACAACAGACAACUUUGCAUCCAAAAGCAAAGAUAGGAUCAGGGAAAAAGCCAGGGAGCUUGCAUCAGUCUCCGCACCAAUUCCUGGAGCAACUAUCCUUGAUGAUUUAAUUGCUCCAGCAAAAAUAACCAUUGGUAUUCAGCUGUUGCGACAAAUGGGCUGGAAAGAAGGACAAGGAGUGGGUCCUAGGACAAAGAGAAGAGCACAGAAGCAAAAACCUGAAAGCUAUGUCAGGAUGUAUGGCUGUGCAUUACCCCCAGCAGGAUCUGAAGGAUCAGAAGAUGAAGAGGAUGAAUAUGUGCCUGAAAAUGUUACAUUUGCACCCAAAGAUGUGAUACAAAUAGAUUUUACAAUGAAAGACAAUGUUCAUGGCUUGGGCUAUCGAGGCCUGGAUCCUAGCCAAGCUUUGUUUGGUUCUCAAGAAAAACAUAUUCAUUUAUUUGGUGAUGGCUAUGAAAAGAUGAAUAGUUUGCUUCGUGAUAAUCAACACAGCAGAGGAAGGAAGGUUGGAAUGUCUGGACAGGCAUUUGGAGUUGGGGCUUUGGAGGAGGAAGAUGAUGACAUCUAUGGUAGAGAGUCUUUGUCCAAAUAUGAUACUGUACUUUGUGAAGAAGAAAGUGGAGAUGGGCUUUUUGGGUGGACAGCACCAAAAGAGUACAAAAAUAGGAAAGGUCUUCACAAGGAACUUGUGUAUGUUGGUAAGAUAUUGGAUGGAUACUGUACAGCUAUGAAACCAGCUGCACCUAAGAAGGUAUAUGCACCCCCAGAGCUCCCAAAAGAUUACCGACCAGUACACUAUUUCAAGCCUGUACUUAAUACAAGCAAUCUAAACUCUCCAGCUCUCCAAGCACUGCUUGACUCUUCUCAGAAACCUCCUUCAGAUGCAGCUACCAAGCAAAGCAGGCACCAUCUUAAUUCCGAUCAGAGAAGAGAGAUGCUUGGUGAAACACCUCUGCAGGGUCCUUCUUCUGUACUGGAGUUGCUUUCUGACAAAGAUAGGGAGAGGAUCCAAGAUGUGAAACAUGCCGUCGAGCAGCAUAGAAUUAAAGCACAGAAGCUAGCAGAAGAAGCAGCAAAACAACGUUUUCAGUUGAAAUCGGCAAAAGAAACACAACUCCAAGAGAGUCCUCAAAGAAAGGAAUUGGUUCCAGCACAUUCAGGAGACUUCCGCCCAUUUGAAAAAAAUCCAGAGAAACAAAAAAGAUAUGAAACUUAUGUGAAAAACUUUCACAAAGGCGAGAAAGAUGCUUUAGAAAACUGUCUGGAUAGAAACAUGACCGAAUGGGAACGUGAGCGGGAGCGUGAGGAGUUUAUGAGAUCAGCAAUGCUCUACAAAUCUUCAAGUUCAACCCUGUCCUCGCGAUUCACUAGGGCUAAAUAUGAUGAUAAUACUGAUAAAGUUGAAGUUCCAAGAGAUCAAGAGAGUGAUGCUGGGGACAAAUCAGCAGCUGUGAAAAUGAAAAUGUUUGGAAAACUUACAAGAGAUACAUUUGAGUGGCACCCUGACAAACUGCUGUGCAAGAGAUUUAACAUCCCAGAUCCUUAUCCUGGGUCAACUAUAGUUGGGCUACCGAAAGUGAAGAGAGAUAAAUUUUCUGUAUUUAAUUUCCUGACUGUUGCUGAAAACCCAAAGACACAUGAGACAAAUGAAAUGUUAAAGCCAUGUACUGCUGAAAAUAAACCUAAGAAAUUAUCCAGGUGGGAUGUGUCUGGAAGAAACCAAGAGGAAACAGCCAGUAAUGUUAACAAACAAAUUCCAGAUCAGACAGCAAAAGACACAAACAAAGCAACAUCAACACUUCCUCCCAAGAUUAUUACUGAACAAACAGACCAGAUAGAGGAUGAAGAGAAAAGACCUUCAAUAGAUUUAUUCAAAGCAAUAUUUGAAGAUUCGUCUGAUGAAAAAUCCUCUUCUUCAGAAGAGGAGAGCGAUGCAGAGGAGUCUUCUACACCUAUUACAAACACUCAGAGGGCUGAACCAAUGAACUCAAAAGCACCAGAGCCUGAGCCUGAGAUACAGCAGCCUGUACUAUCAGCAGCACCAAAAGUAAAGGAGGUUCCUGAAGUGAUUCAUCCAGAAGAAGAAUUUGGCCCGAAACUGCCUCCUGCAUUGCCUUCUAGUGCUUCAGGGGGAAACAAGUUUACUUUGCACCCAAUAUCAGAUGAAUCUGUUAAAAAACAGAAGCAUAAUAAGAGAGAUAAGGAGAAACACAAACUGAAAAAAGGACACAAGCAUAAGAAAGAAAAGAAAAAGAAGCAUAAGAAGCAAAAACAUAAAAAUAAACAUAAGAGUAAAAAAGCAGAAGAUAAAAGCUCUGAGUCAGAAGACAGCAACACAAGCCUUAGUGAUACUGAGCAUACUGUAGAAUUGACGCCAAAGGAACUUUUAAAAAGGCUAAAAAAUCUUCCAAUUCCACGGUAGCUACCAGAUGUGCCUUACCGCUGCUUUUGUAGUAUAUGUUUUUCAGUUUGAAGUCCAAGAGCUUUACCCUCAAGGCACAGAUCAUAUACUGGCGACAGAACAUAUUACUGGCGACACUAGGCCAUUAAUGACAGCUGCAUACAGGCCAUGCUGCAGGGCAAAACUGUUUGCAUUUUUCUUCUGCUUCGAAUGUAUUAACACAGCCAGUUUCUUUGUAAAUAAUACAUUUUGUAAUACAGUUGUUUGUAAAGUCUUCUGUUAAUAUAUUUAUGAUAAACCUUUAUACAUUGUAAAUAUUACUUUUGUUGAAUUUUCGAAUGAAGAAAUCAUUUGAGAAUGAAAAAAUAAGUUAC